AUGCCGAGUUUUCUGCCGGACAACUUGCUGGCGUUGUUCGUGUCUCGACCACCAUUCCCAUAUUUACCACCAGUCGAUGAACUACUCGUGGAUCGUAAUGAGAAACGACCAAAGAUGGGUGGAAUGGCUCAGCAUAUCGGAGAAUUUGAGGACCCAGUCGACACUCCGCCAAAGCCCGAGGUUGAGACAAACGCUCAAAAAAAGGCUCGCAUACGAAAGCAAAAAGAAGAGCUGAUGUCAUUCAAAUUGGAACAAGGAAUCGCUCUAUGGAAUCCAGCUGAGAAUGAGAAGGCCACAAAAGAUCCAUACAAGACACUCUUUGUCUCGAGAAUUAACUACGAAACCUCUGAGUCAAAGCUGAAGCGAGAGUUCGAGCAAUUCGGUCGAAUCGAGCGACUCCAAAUGGUUUACGAUAAAAAUGGAAAACCCCGUGGCUACGCUUUCAUAGAGUAUCGUGACAAAAACGAUAUGCACGCUGCUUACAAGAAAGCUGAUGGAAUGAAGAUUGAUGGAAGACGUGUUGUGGUGGAUUAUGAGAGAGGACGCACACAGAAGAGUUGGCUACCCCGGCGACUUGGUGGUGGAAAAGGGGACACACGAAAAACGAGAGAGUCUCGAGCUGAACUAUUGGCGAAAGGAGUUCGAGUCGACGAUCGAGACAACCGAGCUGGCAGUGGAGGAAGAGAUCGCGAUAGGGAUCGUGGAGGGGAUAGGGAGAGACGUCACUCUCGUUCACGGGAUCGCAAUGGUGGUGACCGGGAACGUCGAGGCGGAGGAGAUGAACGUCGAGGCGGUGGAGAUGACCGUCGACGAUCAGAUCGCCGCUUU